AUUUUUGAUCAUUCUAACUGAGAACGGUUUAAGAAGACCAGGCAGAUAUAUUAUUUUUUUCUGAUUUUUUUCUCAACUAAAGAGAACUAUCAGACCGGUGUAAAGAAUGGAUAAGGAAAGGAAACUGACUGCACGAGGAGCACCAAUGAUGGCUUCCCCGAUGUUGUURCGUCCUGAUAUGAAGGGCGGUAAGAUAAUCGAUGCAGAGCGCGUUGAUUCUGGAUUAGGMGAUAGUUUCAAGUCUGAACGAGGUAGCAAUGAAUCAAAUCCAGAAGGACUGACGGUACUGGACGAACUAAUGAGUGAGAAAAUGUCCCUCAGUGAGAACACUAAACAAUCAUGUCUUUGCGAUGACGCAUCCAUGAACGCUCGUCAUCCAGAGCCAUGCAGUCCGCCUGAAAGAACUUCUACUUCGCCAAAGAUGUCUCCAGUUAUGAGUCCAGUCCAAAACGUGAUGAACUUUGCACAGAGCAACGACGUACGACACCUUCUUGUACCCUUCAGGAAUCACUUCUUCSUUCAGAACGAAGAUGGCGACACGCCGAUUCAUGUCGCUGUUAUUCACAACUUUCCUCACAUUGAAGCAUUUGUAAGCCUUGUACCGACCAAGGAUUGUCUCAAUGUUUACAACCAUUUAAGACAGACUCCACUACAUCUUGCUGUUAUCACAAGGCAGCCAUCAGUUGUCAGCAUCCUGCUACAGGGAGGAGCAGCCAUUGACAUGGUCGAUCGUAAUGGAAAAACAGCAUUGCACUUAGCUUGUGAACGAGGCGAUAUGGACAUUCUGAACAUAUUGACACAACACCUACUGAAUACUCAUGGACAUGACAGCUGGGWAGUUAACACAAUGUUGAAUGCCAGAGAUUACCAAGGUUUUUCAGCUCUACAUCUUGCUGUGAAGGCAAACUGUUUUGAUGCUAUUUCAUUGCUUGUCARUCUUGGUGCAAAUGUUGACCUUCAGGAUGGUACAUCAGGAAGAACAGCUGUACAUCUUGCUGUAGAAAGUGACAAUCUAAGAAUGCUGAAUUUCCUACUGCAUAACUGUAGUGCAUCUGUUAAUGCUCAAAGACAUGACGAUUGCACAGCAUUACAUAUUGCUGCCGGCCGAGGUAUGCUUGCAAUGACUGGACGGCUGCUGGCUGCUGGUGGGGACCUGUCAAUCCAAAAUAGCGAUGGUGAAGCUCCACUAGAUCAUGCAACUCCAGAGAUCCUAAAUACGCUGAAAACUCUGCUGUAAACUGGACAUUAACAUGAGGAGCAGAAAAUUAUUCGAUUGGAUAYCAUGUAGGUGACUUUUGGAGASAAUCUGAUUACUCUCUCCCYGCCACGAGGAGAGGCAGAGGCUAAGAUGUUGAGCCACAUCUAUCCCUAUCAUCCUGAGAUAGGUGCUACCCUGUUCCCCAUCAAGAUCAAGAACUGUGGAACAAAGAACAAAAUGGCUCAUACUGGAGAAAAUGCAGACAGAGUCUCAAUGACAUUAUAGAAAAUGAAAAUCACUGUUUAUGGCAAAUGAACAACAAUGUAUAUAUCUGCAAUCCUAUUUUUUUGUAGCUUACAUAAACGGUACAUCCAUGCGACUUAAUUAUUCACACAGAAAUAAAGGUUUUUUAAUAAAAUACGAGGCUAACAGCUAGAAUAGGGAGCAUGAAAAAAAAAAAAAACAGAGGAGACUUAGUGAGGGCAGGUAUAUAGGGCUUGCUGUCGCUUUAUGAUAUAAUAUUGCAUAAGUGAAUGAAUAUCAAGAAAUUAUAAUGUACUAUGUUUUUGAUAUUGAAUCAUUUGUUUUCUUCACACAAGUCCAGAUUUUAAAAAAGGGUUAAGCCAGUUUCAAAUCUUAUUAGCUCAGAGUGACAGUCAAAACGUAAUUUGAACAACUGUUUUGCAAAAUAAAAGCAUAUUGACAACAUUA